UAAGAGCGGUUAUGCGCUACAAAAUGUUAAGACAUCUCACCUAUGGAUUCACGACGAGUUACAUAUCCAUAACGAUGUAACAGAAGAACGCGUAAUUAAACAAACUAGGUUGUCAAUAUCAAAAGAGAAAAGAUCAGCUUCUCUGCGUACUCAAUCUUCCCUCUCAAUGUUAGCAAUAGUACCACUAUUAUUUUUAUUUUCAACUUCAAGUCACACUCAACGAACACCUAUACAAACAAGACGCUGGAUAAGUGUCCACUAUAUGUCUUACGCUUAGCUGAACUUUGUCCAUCAAAUAUAUAUAUGUAUAUUACAAACCAUGCUGUUCGGUUCGUACGUCCUUCACAAAAUUAAUAAUACGUAUCAUAUCUUUUUUCAUUUUGGGUAGCUGACAAAUUUUACGUACCUUCUAAUACAUCAGCCAAUUCAUAACUCUUAAUUUAAAAACUAAAAAAAUAAUCCUCGAGAAAUUAAAAUUGAUGUACGAUAUUUUUAUUUGCUAGCAGUUGCAUGGUGACGUAUGUCAAAUGUCCUCAACAAAAAUUUUAAUACAUUUUACACAAUCACCAUAAUCAUAGGUGGGUCUAAACUCAAAGCUCAAGUGAUAACACUAUUUAAUUAAGUUCGCAAGAUUUGCACUAAAUUGUAAUUCUGCAUAGCACUCGCCUCUACAUAAGAUAAAUACACUCAGACCUUAAUUAAUUACCGAACAAAUUAGGCAACAACAAAAAUGGGUUCUGAAACGCCAAGCCUCCCCGUCAUAGACUUCACCAAUCUAGGCCAACCCGGCAGCCCUGAAUGGGAACUCGUCCGAUCCCAAGUCUGGAAAGCUUCAGAAGAGUACGGCUCCUUCAAAAUCACCGACACCAAAAUCCCUCUGGAAAUCCCACACGGAGUCAUGAAAGGAAUGAAGGAGCUCUUCGACCUGCCUCUCCAAACACUGACCGCCAACGUCUCCUCCGAACCCUUUGGAGGGUACAUCGGGAAAUCAACCUUCGCGCCGCUGUUCGAGAGCGUCGGGAUCGUUCACCCCGACAACAUUGAAAAAGUCGAAGCCUUCUCUGCUGUCUUCUGGCCGGGAGGAAAUCCCAGCUUCACCAAAUCGAUCAACGCGUUCGCCGAGCGAGCGGCCGAGCUGGAGGGGACGAUAUGGAUGAUGGUUAUGGAGAGCUUGGGGCUGGAGAGCCACGUGGACGGGCACGUGGACUCGGUGGUCUUGUCGGUGAGGGGAAUAAGGUAUGACGCGCCCGGGAGUGAGGUGGCGAAGGUCGUAGGGCUGGAUUCGCACAUGGACCAGGGCGUGACGGCGAUACUGUACGGGAAUCAUGUCGACGGUUUGGAGGUUGAAGACAAGGACGGUCGGUGGUUUGCUGCGAGAUACUCGGAGGGUUCGUUCAUUGUCAUCCUCGGUGAAUCUUUUCACGCAUGGACAAAUGGAAGGGUAUACUCUCCUUACCAUCGUGUAAGAUUGAGUGGAAGGGAGACGAGAUACACAUUUGGGAUGUUUUCUGGUUUCAAAGAAGGCUAUACCGUGAAGGCCCCCGAGGAGCUCGUUGACGAAGAACACCGCCUGCUCUAUAAGCCUUUCGAUUUCAAGGAAUUCCUAGCUGUACGACUGGAAGAGACCAAGAAGAUGUACAACUCUUCUUCCACAGCUAACUAUUCUCCUAUCAAAGCCUAUUUCGGUGCUUAAAUGCACGUAUGUUGUACUGUGGGAAGUGCUUAUAAGUUAUAAAUUAUGUACCCUCUUCAAUCCCAAAAUAUAGUACUAUUAAAUAAAAAAUUUCAAUCUCUUUGGAUCAAGUUUAUGAUGCUGUAUGUGUAUAUCGUGUGGUGGCACUUUCAAAUCUUCUUAUUAUCAAGUCCUGGAUUUUGAAUGUAGAAAACUGUUAAUUUCGGCUUUGUCUUUAUGCUUUCAACAUGUUACUAGCUGUUCUGCAUGUUAUUUCUUUCCUUUAUAUAACGCUUCGUUACGAGUCUCCGUACUAUUUAGAGCACGAAUUAACCAAAGUUUGGGACAUGAUACUAUACCCUGACCUCUAAGGGAUCAUAUAACCUUAACCCUUAGCUACUAAGCAUACACGGCUAGCCCUAACUCCUACGUACAGGAUCGUGGGUCAAAGCCCAAGAGUACAGAAACCUUUAUAACUCAACAGAACCCCGGUCCCUAAUUCUCUAACUCAAGCCAUAGAUUAACCUUUAUAACUCUAGGGUACUGCAUAUCUUGAGUAUGAAAACGCUAUCUAGAACUUGAAUUAGCAGGAUACUUGGACUUGAUUUUAUACCCAAAUCCUUAAUGAGUGAACCUUAAGUUCUAAUUAUCUAAAUCAUAAGCUAUAUCAUAAUAAAUUAUAAGUUUUUGUUCGUAUUAAUACGAUAACUUACCUACACCAGCGGAUCCAGUCCCGGAGCUUGCUCUGGCUAUAGUUCCUGUUGACGGCUCGACGUCGAUGAUCUCGCCGGACAAUCCUUCGUCGGAACCUCCCUCCGGUUACGGACCGUGGAUACAAGUCACCCGAAGAUCUCGGAAACCGACCAAAAACAAAGGGGGUAAUUCUUCCAACUUACCUUUCCCUAAUGGCAUGGAAUCAGGCAAGAUUGCUCCAAAAUCAGGAGGAAAAGGGAAAGUGGAGACAAGUAAAGGAGCAUUCUUAGCAGGCAUUAAAGGAAAGAAAGAAGCUAAGGAGGAAAUAAAAAAAGGAAUUCAGAGUAAACAGAAAGGGAAAGCUUAGCUACGGAAAAUAGAGGCGGCUAACGGGAAAAAGAAAUCCAACGGUAACCAAGAAUGGCGGGCUAAGGAUGCCUCCAAUAAGCAACCAAUUCAAAUUCAGACUACAAGAGGCCAAGGCUCUCCCUUGGGCCAAGCCUCGACUUCGAGCCCACCUGCUUUACAAGAAGUGAUCUUAGGCCCAAAUAACACGAAGAUCCACAU